AUGGUAGCAAGACGGCCGCAUUCACCUUAUUCAUCUAGUAAUAAUUCUGUAGGACAGUCAUCCAUUAAAUCAAGACAAAAAUCAUCAUUACACAAGCAAAAUGAAAAAAUAACGCCUUCAUCUUCAAUCUCAACAAAAAACACUAUAAAUCAAAAGAAAACCAAGCAAUCAUCAGAGGGUAUUGCUCAUUCAUCACAGCCAGAACAGGCACAUAGGUCAUCAGAUCUGAUAACUAUCGAAACCCCUCGACUAUCCAUUGCAGAAAGAUUUAUGUCCAAUAAUUUUGUAUCAUCAACUCCAAUAAUUAAUCAUAAAAGCAAUGCAUACACUUCAAAUCAUUCAGUCCAUGUUAUAUCAUCAAAUUCUAACUUACCUGAUACACAAACAAAAACAUCUACUGAUAGCAAACUAUCUGUAGCAGAUAGAUUUAUGAAUAUACCCACCAAGUCGUCAACAAGUUCAAUAUUAAAUGUUCAACAGUAUAAAGAUCGAUUAGACUCGGCACUUCUCGGAAAACCAUCAAGUGCAAAAAUAACUAGUUCUUCAACUAGUAAUAUUGUGCCCGGAAGAUUAACAAUUGCUGAUACGUUUAUGAAGACUUCAUCAACAAGUUUAACGCCUACUUCAAGUAGGUCAUGUACUACAUCCUUUGCAGAUGAAACUGAUAUAAAAACUAAUUAUAUCCGUAAGCCUUCUCAAGUUCAUCCAUUGGAUAAACAAUCACCAAAAUUAUCAUUGUUUGAUAACAGUAACUCUACUCACUUUCUUGGUUUGGAUCUAACACUUUCAUCUUCUUCCCCAUCCAGUUCUGUUCGUCUUAAUAGAGGCAAUAGUCGGCCAUGGGGUAGCCAAGAUACGCUUGUUCAUUAUCAUCAAUUAGAUAAAAAGAAAUCCAUCUAUAGUCAAUUUAAGGAAAUGGAAAAGACGAAUAACCAGUCUCCUCUCUCUGUUAACAAUCUUUUUUUGAAUUCUACCAUCUUUUCCUCCACGAAUAUAGAUAAUCAAAGUUAUAAUGAAGCUUCCAUUGCCAUAGGUCGCGACAGUUUUCAUAAAUAUGAAGAAUAUUACCAGCAAAAGGAUCAACAUUGGGGAGGAGAUGAGGAUGAUAUCGAAAAAUCAAGUUAUUAUGAAAACCAUAACCCUGUAGGGUCCACAGCAAAAUUAACUAAUAAAAAGGAAAAGCCAAAAGAGGAUGAUAAAAGUUGUGGCUUUUGGAUCGGCUGUUGUUUUAUAAGCUGUGGGAGAAAGCCGAGUCCAGAAGCAAUUGAAAGAGAAAGGAAACGAAGAGAACAACGAAAAUUACAGCAAUCUAAAAAUCGUGGCUGUGGUAGGAGAGGUUGGGUGCUUUGCACCUUCCUUAGUUUAAUUAUCUUUGUCUUCAUCACUUACUUUUUAUGGCCACGUACUCCUCUAAUACGUAUUGAGGGGGCCUCAUUAAUCUCUGCUACUAAAGUAUCUGAAACAAAGCAAGGUAUAAUGGUAGGAAAUGUUGCAUUCGAAAGCGAGUGGCUCGUGAAUGUGACGGUAGAUAAUCGACAAAACCAUAUUCCAACUCGACUUGUUCAAGUACAAGUUAUUGCUAAGGAUGCACUAACAGGCCUUAUUAUUGGUAAAGGUACACAUAACGAGGAUAUGAAUCCUGAACAUAUCAUUUUGGCUCCAGAUACCAUUUCAACUAUUCAAUUACCGAUUCGAGUCGAUUAUCAGGCACGAGAUAGUACAGAUGCAACCUUUGUCAAUUUAGUCAAAGCCUGUUCACCAAAGCAUCCUAUUAUUUUUAAUAACUUGUCUGAAGAGGGUCUUAACGAUAGUAAUAAUACUGAUAAUAGCAAACAUAGAGAAGUAUUACCAAUGCAUUUUUGGAUCACUUUACAUUUUUUUGGAUUAGACUGGCUAGGAUACAAGCCUACUGUUAUUGCAACACCAGCCACAGGUGGAUUUGCUUGUCCACAGACUUGA